AUGGCGGACAUUCAGAAGGAGCGUGUCUACCAAAGGCAGCCGACCAUCUUUCAAACUAAGAAGAGGGUCCUGCUUGAAGAAACUGGCAAAGAGAAGCUUCCGCAGUCCUACAAGAACAUUGGUUUGGGCUUUAAGACACCCAAGGAGGCCACUGAGGGCACCUACAUUGACAAGAAAUGCCAGUUUACUGGUAAUGUCUCCAUCCGAGGGCGCAUCCUAUCUGGCGUGGUGACCAAGAUGAAGAUGCAUAGGACCAUUGUCAUCCGCCCAGACUACCUCCACUACAUACGAAAGUACAACCGCUCUGAGAAGCGUCACAAGAACAUGUCUGUGCACCUGUACCCCUGCUUCAGAGAUGUCCAGAUUGGUGACAUUGUUACAGUGGGUGAGUGCCGGCCCCUGAGCAAGACUGUGCGCUUCAAUGUACUCAAGGUCACCAAGGCUGCAGGCACCAAGAAGCACUUCCAGAAGUUCUGAGACUGGAUACCUGCUCAUUC